AAGUGCCAUCCUUCAGGCGUCUUCUUGGCGCGAGCAAUUAAUUAAUGUAAUCGGAGGUACAAGCGAGCCUCUCAUCAAACUACGGAGCACGGCUCCGUCCUUCCGUCCCCCUAAACGCGGUGAUGGCGAAGAAGUCGCUGAGCAAAAAGUCUUUCAAAUCUUUUUUCACCAAGAGUGAACCCAACCCGGGCGAGUCGUCGGUGGAGAGCGCGGAGAAAAAAACAGACGAGAAGAAGAGGUUCAAGUUGCCAAAGUUGAAGAUAAAGUCGAAGGGGAGCCCCUCUUUCCCGAAGCAGCAAGUGUUCAGUCCUGCUGAACCCGUUACCAGUCCGGUGGAUGGACCCGUCUUGGCCAAGACAAAAUCACCAAUAUAUGCCAGUGCGCCGAGGUCAAAGGCCCAACACUUGAGCACCUCUGAGACCAAUCUCCAUAAACCCAACAAAUUUGCCACAUUUUCCUUCGGUCUUCUGAAAAAGCAGAAAAAGAAGAAAGAUGAGAAUCUCUCUCGAAGCGCUUUUGGUCUCCAUCGAGCGGAUAUUGAAGAGCAUAAUGAGAGAAGCGUGGACCUCGCUCUUCAGGGCAACCGAAGAGCAGCGCUCAGCAUGUCUCAGCCAGCGCUCGACACCAGUGACAACUUUGACAUCCCUUCCCCUCCGUCCGUACAUUCCAAUGUCUUAAAAUCUUACUUGGCUCUCUCGCAACAAACGCGUUUCGCUCGUACCUCCAAGGCAGGACUUCGAGAACAUCCGACAAAUGGCUCGGACCUUCUCUUGCACGCUAUAGGUCAAAACUCGGCGACUGCAGAUAUUCACGUUCAAUCGGAAGAGAAGGAAAACAGUCCCGUGGACAGCAACCGGUCUGAUUGUCACCCCCCUUUACCGGAUGCUUCGUAUCAAUUUCCUGAUGAAGCGGUCGGCGGCGACUUGGCCGAGGAACGCCGUGUUUUCCGGCAAUCGAACACUGACGGUGUUCCACCGUCCCAUCAUGAAACGAGCGUCCUCGACACACCUGAUGGCGGAUCCCCAAAUAAUGAAGCUGAUGCUACUGAGCGCGCUACGGAAUCCGCUGUGGUCCAACAAGACAUCCGAGCGACUCACGACGAAACUUCGGAGAUUGCCGACAAAACGUUGCCCGUUAGCAAUCGUACCGUCAGUCCGUCUGCCAAUCAAGAUGCGGUUUAUGGCGCUUUGUAUGACUCGCUGUUCCCCCAAAGUUUUACCACCGAAGUGCUGUCUUCAGUCCCAACAAGUCAUGGCGACAUCUACCGCGAGACCAGAACCGUCACCAAAUCCGAACCCCUUGUGAUUGAAACAUCUUCACAUUUUGAGGAAGAAACAAAUCACACCCAAACUUCAAGUGUUCCUGAUAGAAAUCCUACUUUUGGCGUUUACGACGAACGGCCCUCCCACCAGCGCUUUUACUCUUGCAAUACGACCUGGAAGGACCUAAUCACCCCCCGCGGCUAUCAAUCUUCCGCUUCCCAUCCAUCGAGCUAUUCUGAACAUCUCGACAAGAGUCCUUAUUCAGUCCGCCCCGAUGCAGGCGUCAAAUUAAACAGUGUCGGUCUACGUGAAGAAACCUCAGCCCCCGUGGCUCCAAACGCUGCCCUUCCUGUUUCUGACUAUUUAACAACCCUAGGGACAGACACUCGGGUUACAGACUCCAAACGGAGGGCGAUCCUCGUCAAAGAGGUUGUAGCCGAGGGGGUGAGUCGGGAUUCUGGAUUUUCCUCUUCUAAACCAGACAAAGUGACCGCAGCAGCAGGUUUGAAGAGAGAAAAGGAUGCGGAUCAAGACUUUGUUUCUUCUCCCACCCCCGGACUCCAGAAGACUUCUUCUAUACCUUGCAGCCCGUUGUAUCUGAGCGUGGGAUCAGAUGAUGGGAGCACCGUGGACAUCUAUUUCAGCGCGGAGGAGGACAACGUUUAUAGUUUGGAUGAGCAAGUUCACGUCGGGGACAAGCGAGAAGAUGAAAGUUUUGGGGGUCCGUCAGAGGUCAGCCGCUUCGAGAAGGUGCCAUUGGCUAAAGAGGCAAUUGAGAGAACGGAACAUUUUGCGCUCUUUAGCUUUGGGAGAAGCGAAAGAGCCAACAAGGAAAUGGAAGAUCUCGAAGAGCAUCGGCACACAUUCCAAAGAAGUCACAGAGAAGAAUUCCAAGUGCCCUUCACUGAUAGAACCGAGUUUCUUCAAGCUGAAGAGGAGUUGGUCGCCCAGGUACUGCCGAAGAUAAAAGAACAGGAGUUACCGGUCAUACCGGUUCUGCCGGCGAAAACGGCAAUGGAAUGCGAGUUGGCUGCACCCUCCGGUAACACGCAGGGGCACGGGGCUGACAAAACCUGCAUCAAGGUCACCGAAAAACCAAAGUGGACCUUAAGCGAGGAGCGAGAUCUGCCAGACCGAGAUCUGCAAAGUCCCCGAUUUUUGCUUCAGAACAACGCCAGGCGGGAAGAUAAAGACUUAAGCGCAUAUCAACUCAAAGAGGCGGAGGAGAAACAUUUAUCGAUUGCAGUUACAGCUAAAGAAGAGCGGCAGGAGCGUGCGUGCGACCAGAGUACCGGUUCGACACGUGCCCUUCCGGCCUCUCGCGUCGCCGAGGUAGACGCGAGCGUCGCGUCGCACGGCGCCGAGCUGGAAUCAGACGCCGCUGCAAGUCGACACAAUAAGGUGGCACGGGAGAGCGAGUGGGCGGAUACAAUUGCUGAGAGCGUAGGAAGCGGCGUGCGGCCAGAGCAGGGAGCAGUUAAGCUGUCAGACCUCAAAGCGGACACACGCCAUCCUCGGGAAGAAGCUCUGCGGGAACUCUUUGGGACGCAGGGGCAGCUGCCAGAAGCGCAAACUGACCUUCAAGAGCGAUCCCCCACAGCACCUUCCGACACCUUUCAUGCACACGAUCCCGAGGCCCACGCAGACCACCAACCCGAUGACAAAAUGUAUUCAGGCUAUAGCAGCCUGAACGCCACCCUGCAUGAAUCCGGAGACCGUUUCCGUCAAGUAUCCCCGAUGCCGGAUGACGCAGCCCAACGGGAGGCGCUGUCUUACGGCCUUACGGAGUCGAACGGAGCAACGCUUGGCACGGAACGCGUCCGGAAAAGUUCAUUUGAUGGUGUGUCCAGAUUCAUGCCCCAAGAGGAGUCGUUUUUGUCGGGUAAUCAGAGCUACAGACUAUCCGACACCUCCUCCAGCUCCUACUCCUCCUCCGUUCUCCCCGAGGCCCCGUCAUACAGCUACGGCGGCCAAAGUGAGCUUGGCAGACAGUCAAAAGCCUUCCCCGCGGACGACACAGACGCAUCCUGUUUUACUGGUGUGUUUAAGGCCACCCUCGUGGAGCUCGACGACCCAGCGGCUGCCGGCUCCACACCCCCGGCCUCCCCGGACGUUGACUGCAACCAGUUUGACAUGGACAACCUGGUGGAUACCCUCAAGAGCAUGGGCCCCUCGCUGAGGCCGAGAAGCAUGAGCCUGCGCGGGCCCACCGCCGUCCCCGUCUCAGCCUUGCCGCCCAUUGUGGAAGACGCCCCCAACCCCGGCGUCUCCGACAUCCUCGCAAGCCCCACAAAGAGGACGCAAGCCGGACCGGCCGGCGAGGCCCGCAAUGGAAUUUACACGCUGCCCGCCGAUCUGGGCCUCAAGAGAAACACGAGCAGAGACACGCGCUCGCCCAUGGAGUUAAUGAAGAAGCAGGAGCAGUCUGGACCGAGAGACAUGCCCCUCAGAGCAACCGCCAGCCAAAGUAUUCUCAUGAGGAAAUCUUCCGAUGCUUCGGACGAGCACAAAUCCCUCAAUGGGAACGCGACGCAACAGCCGUCCAAAACCCGUCUGGAGAACAGCGUCAUCUUUGGAAGUUACAAAUCCUCCUCCGUGGAUCAAACGCAGGAUAACAGCAAAUUCCAACGUUCGGUGUUCCGCACCGGCUCGCUCCCCGAUUUGGGCUCUUCUAAUAUUCGGAAGGAGCUGAGCGAAGUCAACGCCGCCACAGAUUCAUCAUCCCGCUUUGAACGCUUAUCUUUUCUCAUCAAUUCCCCGCCUUCUUCAUCCAGCUUCUCGAGCGGGUCCGAUGACGUCACCCCUCGCAGAAGUCUGCCCCUGCAACAGAACCUCACGUCGUCGGUCUCGAGCGCCAUCCCCUCUCGCCAUCUCAGUCCCACCGGUACUUUGGAGAAUCACCGUUUGUUCCCCACCACCGAAUCGGCCUCCUCUUACUUAAAAUUUGGCCAGACGCUGAGCCAAGGAAUUGGCGCCGGCGCCAUCAGUGCCCCUCUCCAGAGGAGCUUCAGUCACGAAUCCAUUUCGGUGGGUGCUCAACAGAAUUCGCUGAUCAACAACAACCUCCUAAGAGGACCUCAAAUCCCAAAAACUGAACCGGAGAGGACUGUAAAAUACAGAGCCUUUCCCGAUGCUUAUCUCACCAAAGAAAAGGAACAUGGGAAGCUCAACCCUCGUCCCGGGAAGAUGUAUAUUUUUGACCGACCCGGGAUGUGCGGCCAGAGGAUCGAGUUGUGUGGCGAUAUUGCCGACGCCACGUCUUGGGAGCUGCAGGAGACAAUUUCCAUCAGGGUGAUCCGAGGAGGAUGGGUUCUGUAUGAGAAGCGCAACUUCAAAGGAGAGAAGAUCGCCCUGGAUGAGGGCGACAUCGAGCUCACCUGCCCUUUCCAGCAACCCAAGGCAGAGGGCGAGCAGCAGACCAAUGGACAGAAGGUCGCCGGGGAGCAAAAGGGUGAAGAGAACGGAGAAACGAGCGAGGGACAGACCAAAACGAAAGCAGCCAAGAAGUCCAUUAUCGGAUCCGUUCGACGGGCAGUGAGGGACUACAGCGUCCCUGAAAUCAGCCUCUUCCCGGAGGAGAACGCCGAGGGGAAGAAAGUCAUCUUCAGAGAUACGUCGGAGGAUGCGAGAAUUUUUGGAUUCCCCAUCAAGGCUAAUUCGAUCAUCAUCAAUGCCGGACUGUGGCUGGUGUUUUCAAAACCCUUUUUCGAGGGCUCUCCGCGUGUGUUGGAAGUCGGCGGCUAUUCCAAUCCUGCCUCCUGGGGUGUCGAGCAACCCUAUGUGGGGUCGUUGCAUCCGCUCAAAAUCGGGGAACCAAAAGUGGAAAACAUAAGUGAACCAACGAUUGAGAUUUUCGAAAGGUCGUAUUUCACGGGCAAAUCAAGGAUCCUCACCUCGAACAUGAAAGAUUUCAUGACACGAGUGGACAGGCAGCAGGGCGCCUUCAUGUACUCUGUGGGCUCCCUCAAAGUGCGCGGAGGAAUCUGGGUGGGCUAUGAGAAGGAAGGAUAUCGAGGCCACCAGUACCUGCUGGAGGAGGGCGAGUACCAUGACUGGAGAGUGUGGGGAGGCUCAAACUCUGAGCUGCGCUCCGUUCGGGUUCUCCAGGCUGACUUGAGCGACCCCUUAAUGGUGAUGUUCGAGCAGCCAGAGGAAGAGGAGGGUGCCGUCGCCCAAGAGGAGAACACCUUUGAGGUGACGGAGGCCAUUCCAGAUGUUGAGCUUUUUGGCUUCAAGAUCAACACCCAUUCCAUCCAAGUCUUCAGUGGAGUGUGGGUAGCCUACUCCCAUGUGGACUUCUCCGGUAACCAAUACAUCCUGGAGAAAGGCUUCUAUAGUACGAGUGCAGACUGGGGUUCCCGUGACACUCGCAUCUGUUCCGUGCAGCCAGUUCGUUUGGCUCCAGCUGACGGUAACAGGACCAGAAAUGAGAUACUAUUGUACUCGGAACCGGACUACAAGGGAGAGUGCCUUAUCUUCAACUAUAAACAGGAAGCCGCAACAGAAGAAUUCCAGACCAAGUCCUGCAGAGUUGUUGGAGGAAGCUGGGUUCUCUAUGAGAAUAAAGAUUUUUCAGGGACCAUGUAUGUCUUAUCAGAAGGAGGCUAUCGCUCAUUAACAAGCAUGGGCUGCCCACCAAACACCUUCAUCCGCUCCGUCAAGGCUGUGCCGAUGAUUUUCUCAGUUCCAUCCAUCUCAUUGUUUGGGCUGGAAGGUCUGGAGGGAAGGGAGAUCGCAACAGACUCUGAGCUUGUCAACAUGCAAGCGGAGGGCUUCAAUGACCACGUCCUUUCGGUCAGAGUCAACAGUGGCUGCUGGGUGCUAUUUGAAUUUGGCAACUAUAGAGGGCGCCAAUUCCUUUUGGAGCCGACGGAAAUCACCAACUGGCCCAAGUUCAGCUCUGUGCAGACGAUUGGCUCCCUGUAUCCAGUCAGACAGAAGCGGCACUUUUUCCGCAUCCGGAAUGCAGACAGCCAUCACCUCAUGUCCAUCCAGGGCGGGGUGGAAGAGCUGAAGUCCGGACGGGUGGUGGUCACACCAGAGGCGGAGCCCAUGAGUGACAUUUGGUUCUAUCAGGAUGGACAAAUCAAAAAUAAGCUUUCCCCCAUCAUGAGUCUUCAAGUGAUGGGCAAUGUUGAGCCGGGAGCCAAAUUGGUUUUAUGGAACGUGACCCGGCAGCCCGCCCAGACUUGGAUGGCCCAGAUGAGAGGUCGACUCAGCAGCAUUACGUACCCUGGAAUGGUCAUUGAUGUCAAAGGUGGCCAAAGCUACGAUAAGGACCAUGUAGUGAUUAUGCCAGAGAGUGACGAGAGGUUAAGCCAACAGUGGGAGAUUGUACUGAUCAAUUAAACCGCCACAGACGUGUUGCUCGCUUUGGCAAAACUUCCACUCACAUUUACAGGCUACCGCCCCCCCCCCCCCCCCACCCCACCAGAAUCCCCGGAACCAAGAGCAAUCCCAUGCGUUACUUUUUAUUAAUUUUAUUGAAACCCGUUGUAGUCAUCAUACCGCCCCCCAAAGAAUAUUCUAUGCUUGUGGUUUGUAGUAUACAGAGGACAGGAAGAAGUAUUCACACGUAGUUUAUGGGGGUAAAAGCUUCAGACUUUACCCUGUUACUUUUCUCAUACCUUGAGUGUACAAUUGCACACUCCACUCAACUAAUGCUUAAAAUGGACAGCUGAGAGAUAAAGCCAAAGAAUGUACGGUAUGCAAAAUACUUAAAAGCUAUUUUUAUAUUGUGUCAACAUAUUUUAUGGUGUUCCUCAUCUCUAUGCAGUGUAUUGUAUGCGAGUUUGUGGGAUGUGUAUGUCUGUUUUUUUGGUUUUUUUUGCUGAAAGUGCGAUAGAGAAAUAUGUACCUAGAUAUCGAUAUAUACAUACAGUAUAUAUAAAGAGAGAGAAAUAGAUUAAUAAUACCUGCAAAAAUUGUAUGUUCUUUGAUACUAAAGUCAUAAUAUAUAAACGAGGGUGUGUUUUUAAAAUGCUAAUAAAAUUUAAACGCUGUCUAAGCGAAUGAAAACAAAA